AUCAACAACCAAUUACGUGAUGCCACCUGGACCCUCGAAACCGAAACCAUAGGACUUGGAAUUUUACCAACCGUCCUCUCCAGACCCUUCCACACGCACACAGAUUUGCUUCUCGUUUCCGUUCUUACAUCAGUUCCGUCGAUCGAUCGAUCAAAAAGGGCAUUUGAUUUUUCACGGUUGAAGGAUGGCAAGUGGGUUUGGGGAAUCAACAAGCGGGCAGCCCCAAAGCCCUUCUUGCUCAAGCAGUAAUGGUAACAACAAUGAUGCAGGUAACUUUGAGUGCAACAUAUGCUUUGAUUUAGCCCAAGACCCGAUUGUAACCCUCUGUGGUCACCUCUUUUGCUGGCCUUGCCUGUACAAAUGGCUCCAUAUUCACUCCCAUUCAAAGGAAUGUCCGGUAUGUAAGGCAAUGGUUGAGGAAGAGAAGUUGGUUCCUCUGUAUGGUCGUGGAAAGAAUUCAACGGAUCCCAGGUCUAGGUCCGUCCCCGGAGUUAAUAUUCCGAAUCGUCCAGCGGGACAAAGACCUGAAACCGCCCCUCCGCCUAAUACAAACCACUUUGCACCACAUGGGUUUGGAUUCAUGGGGGGUUUGGGGGGAUUCGCACCAAUGGCAACGGCAAGGUUUGGGAACUUUACGUUUUCUGCGGCAUUUGGUGGUCUCAUGCCAGCAUUGUUUAACCUCCAGGUGCAUGGAGUCCCUGAUGCUGGCAUGUACGGUGCCGCUCCUGGUUUUCCAUAUGGGUUUGCUCAUCAUCCGUUUCAUGGGGGCUAUGCGCACGGAUUCCGUCAGCCCACAAAUCAUGGACAUAACCCAGAUCACUAUCUGAAGAUGCUGUUUUUAGUCAUUGGUGCACUUGUUGUCCUUUCCCUUAUUUUGUAUUAGGUUCAGAUUUGCUACUGGAACUGAUUUGAUGGCGUUUCUUUUUCUAUUAUUGUCAGUCUUAUGAAGUUGUAAAUCUGUCAUUGCAUGUCAACUUGAUUUGUUGUUUCUUUCCUUUGUCUUGAGGAUAUUGUCUCUACAAUUCAUUGUCAAAACUUUGUAAGUAAUAUUAUGUCCAAGUCGUCAUGUUGAAUGUCGUCCGUUAGUUUC